UCCUCACAGCUCUGAGGCGCGAAGGGAGAAGGGGGCGGGGGGGGGUGCGUGGAGGAGCACCUCGUCCUCCUCGCCCUUUUCUCACCUCCAGCAUGGACUGGUUCCACUGCAACCGCUGCUUCCGCCAAGAGGGAGCCAGCUUCGCCGUCACCAGCUGCGGCCACGUCCUCUGUGCGACGUGUGGGGCCGCGGCUCCCUGCCCGGUCUGCGCCGCCGACUGCCGCUACCUCCCCAUCUCCGACCAGGCGAAUGCGCCCGCAGGAGAAAAUCUUCUUCAAGAGCCCAGCCGACAUCGCCCUCAAGCGCUUGACCCACAUCUCCCAGGCGAGGAGGAGGAGGACGAGGAGGAUGAAGAAGGGCGGCCUGCCCCACGCCAGCCUCACGCCUCCUCCCCACAGGUCUGGCGAUUCCAGCGUGCCCAAACUGACAUGCUGUUGGCUUCCCACAAGGAAAAAACCCGCCGUGCCAGGGCGGCGCUGGAGGAAACCCGCCAUGUCCUGGAGAGUCGAAACAGGGAGCUGGAAGCGCUGCGGAGGGAGAACGGGGAGCUGCGCCGCGCUCAGCUCUCACCCGGCUGGCGAGGGGGCAGCAGGAGCAGCACACCCCGGCCGGUCGGUGUCACAUCCCCGGCGCAGACAGUCACCCCCCAGCCCCGCCGGCAGCUGAGCAGCCAAGUGGUGAGCCGCUCGGCCCCGCUGGAGCCCCCCCUUUCCCACGGCACCCCCGUAUGGCAGGUGGGCAGCGCCCGUAGGGGAUGGGUGACCCCCCAACCCUCCAGCGUGGCCCCGUCUCCUGCCUCCGCCCACGGGCUGACCCACAGGGCCGCCCCCCCGGCGCCUCGCAGCCCGCUGUGGGUGCCCUGGGCCAGCCCGCCGCUGCCCGCCGCCAUUUUCCCCGCGGAGACCCCUUCUCCUUACCCCUCCCUGCGCCCGCCCCCGCGCGGCUGACGUAUACCGGAAGAAAGAAGCCUGCGGCAUCCUUUUGCCGCCUCAUGCCCUCAACAGACAUGGCGCCACGCGUCGCCCGGCAACCCGCCGCCCGCCUGCGGGCGUUGCCUAGCAACGCGCUCACCGCGCAUGCGCCUCCC